UCCUGACAGCCGAGAAAACAGUUCCACAAUGAUGGAGUUCCUGGUUUUAACUCUGUUCUGACUGGUAACUUCUCUAUAUUCAUCCUUCAUCUAUUCAUUUCAGCUCUAACAGUCAGGACAGUAGAUUAAAGUAACUAAUAAACUAAUGAGUUAUAAGAAUAAAUGUGAGAAUAUAAAAUGAGAUUUCAGAAGCUUAUUGAACACCAGAACAGAACAGGAGACAGGAUGUAGAGUCUCGUGGCUGAAGAAGUUAAACCGGAAAACAGCAGAAACAGAAGACUUUUUAUUUCACUAAGUGUCUGUUCACAUGUUCAGUGGAGGAUGUGUGUUAGACAUGGCAGAGUUCAUGAGUGGGUUUAAUCUACAGCUGAUGAUUGGUGUCAUCAGUCUGAGUCUCCUUCAGAACAUUUCAGCUGAUCUGUUAUCUGUUGAUCCUGGAGAAAACGUCACUCUGUUCUGUAACAUCACUAAUUAUUCAGAGAUAUCGUGGUAUCACAUGAACUCAGCAGAUGUGAGGCAGAUUAUAUCGACCACACAAGGGAAAGUGAACAAACACUUUUAUAUUGUUUAUAAUGAGGAUAAAAAUCACUUUACUGUAACAGAAAGCAGCAGUUCAGUCAGUUUAGUGAUUAUUGGAGUUAGAGACACAGAUCUGGGAUUUUAUUACUGUGGAGGUCGAAACAAGGAACACAUUCAGUUUGGGAAAGUCAUCAGUCUGAACUUUACAGGUGGCAGCAGAAAUGAGACUCGUUCUUCAUCAGAGGAUUCAGAUUCACACCAGACUGGAGGAACUGAGAACAUCUGGAUUAUACAUAUGAUCAUAAUGUUUGUGUGCUCCAUCUCUGUCCUAAUAAUCAUCAUCUGCAUGUGUGUGUUCUGCAGCAGGGUGGAAGGAAAAUUAUCAUCAUCAUUAUCAUCAUGCUGCAGUCACGACACCAGCUCCACUGAACAGGACGAAAAGAUUCAUCAUGACAGUUCGCUGUAUGACAGAAAGUUCACAGGAUCUGUUAAGAUCAACAAAGCUUCAGAUUUGGACUGUGUGACUUACGUAACCUUCACCUCACAGCCACAGAGACACUGACCUACAGGCAGGACUGAGAUGUUGUAAAUCCCUGGAGAUCCAUCCUCAUGUCAUGAUCUUGAGAUUAAUCUGGAGAACUCUCAGAUCACAUGGACUGAUGUACUAGAUCAGACUUACUUUUCUAACUAACCUAAUAAAAAUGUGUUCUGUCAGUUUGUGGUUAUUUAUAAUUAUAUACAAAUGUUGACAAUAAAAUUUUGCCCCAUAAAGUGACCCAUAUUAGGUAACAUUUGCAGUAAAUGCAAUAUUUGUCUGUAUAAAUUAAGACCUAAAUUAAACAUUAAGAUAAUUAUUAUGGUGUAAAUGAGGAGUAGGUGGGAUACAGGAUUAAAUGGUUUUAAAAAUUAAAAAUCUUUGAUAAAACAGAACAUAAUCUAUGCAUUUUUUUUAUUUUCAUGAUAAUCUUGUUUUAAUGUUUUCCUUCUUAUCUUAAAGUAUUAAAAAUGUUUCAUUAGAAGAGUUUUUUGAAUAAAUGUGACAA